GAGAAAGCAUCGGUGGACUUGAUAGUCUGAAUGCUUCUGACAACAGAAGAAACAAUUAUUAGAAAAAUAAGUUUGAAAUACAUACCUGAAGAUGAACAACUCAGUGACAUUUGAAGAACAAACAGAACAAAUUGUGGAAGCCUUGUUUACUAAAUUUUGCUCAAAGAAGUUACAAGUAACUGGUCGAUGCCUGCAGCUCCAGUCUGAAACUCCAGCCCAUGAACAAGGUUCUUCAAGCACUUUUAAUCCAGUUGAUAUUGCUGAUUCACUGAAAUCCUUAGGAGAUAAGUACAACGCAGAAAUUGAAAGCCACGUACAGGCAGUUAUUGCAGAGGAAAGCGUAAGAAAGAUAGAGAAAUUUGGAGAAGUAGCAGAAUCUCUCAGCAGGAUUUGGAUCAGUCAAAAUCCUGGGCUAGAGCCUGAAAAAGUUUUUCUAGCUGCUGCUGUGAAAUUGUUUGUGAAAUUUAUGAAGAAAACUCAUGGAGAUGAGGGCCAGAUAAACAUACUCACAGAAACAAUCAAUGGAAAUCCUGAAGUGAGAGGCUAUAUUGAAAGACAGGGUGGUUGGGGUAAUCUUGGAAGAAGUCUAAACAGCCCAUAGUUUCUUGCUUCCAAUGUAAAAGACUCAUCUGCUAUUUUGGAGGAAAUAGAGCUGGAGAGUUGCUUCAAAUCUGAAAUGGAACUGCAAAUGAAUUGAAAAGGCAAUUCUGUGAAGAAACAAAAUAAAUUUAAUAAAUUUAAAAAGAAACUCAUAAUAGCUUGGUUAUCCUUGUAAUUAAAUUGUCAGUCAAGGAAUUGGAUAGAUAAUUCCUGCAGCCACAAUUCCACACAAUACAUUGCACCAAUUUACAGUCCCUUGCUUUAGUAGAUCAUCAAUUCCUUGGUCCUAGUUAUUAAUAUAUUCCUGUUUCAUACAAAGGAAAUGUCUAUAUUUGGGAAGAC